AUCGGUGAAAGCGUGCCCGCGUGGAGUGCGCGAGAGCGGCGCCGUUUGAUGGGUCGCGGCGGACCAGCGCGCCGGACACGCCAUGUUGGAGUCGCUUAAAGCCAAGCUCAAGAAGGAGCUGAACAUCAGCAAGCGGUCGUCGCGGUCGGGCCAGCGUCGCUCCGUCAUCGUCACAUCGUCACCGACGCUGCCGCGGUGCCACUCGCCCAUGCCAGGCAGCCCCGUGGACAGCCCCAAGAACAUGUCGCCCAAUCAGCAUUUCGCGUUUGCCGCCGUCAAGAGGACGGUGGACGGUCGAAGGUGGUCGGUGGCGUCGCUACCCUCCUCCGGCUACGGCACCACUCCGGGCAGUUCCAACGUCUCGUCGCAGUGCUCGUCCCAGGAGCGGCUGCACCAGCUGCAGUGCUGCGGUCCGCCGGCCGCCGCCGCCGCCGAGCUGCCGCGCCACUUCUCCUCCAACGAGUCCAACCCCAGCCUGGACGAGGAGGGGCGCUGCUCGCCGCUGGUGCGGCCGCGCUCGCGCUCGCUCAGUUCUCCCAUGAGAACGCCGCUGGUGGACAAUGACGUCGUCAUCAUGAAUACUCUUUACAAGGAGCGGUUUCCAAAGGCGACGCAGCAGAUGGAGGACCGGCUACAGAAGCUGCUGGAGGAGCAGGAGACCUCGGACGCCGUGCCGGACGAUACGUCGCCGUCAGCCGUGGCUAUCGUGCGCUUCGUGCGUCACCAGGUGAUGGAGAUGGUUCGUGAUUGUCUCAGCAAGUCCCGGGAACGCUGCAUCACUAGCCGAUAUUUCUACGAGCUGUCAGAAAACCUGGAGAAGCUUCUCAACGAGACGCGCGAGAAGUCGGCGGAGGCGGCGCAUCAGAUGAUGUUUCUGGUGCGACGCCUGCUGCUGAUCAUCUCGCGGCCGGCGCGGCUGCUGGAGUGUCUCGAGUUCGACCCGGAGGAGUUCUAUCACCUGCUGGAGCGGGCUGAGGGCCAGGCGCGCUCGUGCCAGGGCAUCACCACCGACAUCCCCCAGUACAUCGUCAGCAAGCUCGGCCUCAAGCGCGACCCGCUGGCAG